AGUAGGCGGUGUGUAACUAAGGAGGUGUGUCUUGUGCGUAAAGGGGGCGGGGCUGGAAGAGUUCCUCGCCCUCAUGUGUUUGAAGCAGUCAGCUGAGCUCAACUUGUGCGGACGCGGCUCUAACCUCGUACAACAUGCAGGGUCACAAGGAACACGUUUAACCCUGUGCACUGUUUGUCAACGUGUACAGAAAACAAUCCAGUUAAACACCCUCUCGUUUAAUUCCACUUCGGCGUUCUUUCCCCGUGAAGAAUAGCCUGGAGGCUGUUGCGCAGGGGUUUGGAGGUGCAUGUUACCGAUCACACCAAGUACGUGGACACUGAGUAUGGCCUUAGCUGGAUGCCCAGACUACUUCCUCCAUCAUCCAAACUACCAGGACAAUGUUGACUGCACCUCCUCUCACAGACCUUCAAAUCUAAUCAGUUCAAGCUUCCAGCAGUCGUCCAAUCGGAAUUCUCCUAAUCACCCAGAGGAUGAUGUAGAUCUGGAGGCCCUGGUGAAUGACAUGGCCUCUCUUUCUUCCUAUGAGAGUAUCUAUGCAACCUGUGGGACCCAGCAUUCAGACUCCGCCCCCCUCUUGCACCGCACUGAUGGCAGUGGGCUCCAUGGCAACAGAGUGGCCCCACUGCCAAGGGGCCCUAGUAAUAAAGUGACUGCCCCCCACUCUCCUACCCAAAAGCUCCGGCGAUCGCAGCCAAUGCACAUACAGGCCGUCAGGGAACUUCAGGGAGAAUGGUUGAAGGUUAGUUGGGAGUCUUUGCCAGCUAUUCCGAACCCUUUCCCUGAGCUCUGCAGCCCCUCGGGAUCUCCUGUGCUGAGCCCUGGAUCUCUGCCACAGCCAUCUGAGUCACAUAUCAUCAAGGUUUUCAGCGAGGAUGGUGUGGGAAAAGUUGUGGAAGUCCCCGCCAACAUGACAGCCAGAGAUGUGUGUCAGUUCCUGGUCUACAAGAACCACUGCCUGGAUGACAACUGCUGGUCGCUAGUGGAGCAUCAUUCCCUGCUUGGUCUGGAGAGGUGCCUGGAAGAUCAUGAACUGGUUGUUCCUGUGCAGGCCUGCAUGUCUCCAGAGAGCAAGUUUCUCUUCAGGAAGAACUAUGCCAAGUACGAGUUCUUCAGAAACCCACUGAACUUCUUUCCGGAGCAGAUGGUAGCGUGGUGUCAGGAAACUAAUGGCUCUAUCCCGCAGUCACAGCUCUUACAGAAUUUCUUGAAUUCCAGCAGCUGUCCAGAGAUCCAGGGCUUCCUUUAUAUGAAAGAGACGGGCCGCAAGUCCUGGAAGAAGCUCUACAUGUUCUUGCGCCGUUCUGGGCUGUACUACUCUACUAAAGGAAUGUCUAAGGAGCCAAGGCACCUUCAGUUACUGUUGGACUUAGAGGAGAGCAAUGUUUUCACUGUGACGACGGGCAGAAAGAUGCACAACGCACCCACAGACUACCAAUUCUGCAUAAAGCCCAGUAAGGGCAGGACAGAACAGAAGGAGUUGAAGAUGCUGUGUGCCGAGGACGAGCAGAGCCGUACGUGCUGGAUGACUGCUUUCAGACUGCUCAAGUUUGGAAUUCUCCUAUAUCAGAACUACAAGAGCCCACACCAGAGAAAGACUGCCAUAUCAAACUUCACCACACCUGUGCGGAGUGUGUCUGAGAAUUCGCUGGUGGCCAUGGAUUUUUCAGGAAGGACGGGUCGUGUGAUUGACAACCCUGUGGAGGCUCAGAGCGCUGCCAUGGAAGAGGGACACACUUGGAGAAAACGAAGUCAGAGAAUGAAUGUUUUGGGAAGCCCCAGUCCUCUACAUCCUUCACCGUUAAGCUCAGUGAUCCACAGGACGCAGUUAUGGUUCCAUGGCCGAAUUAUGAGAGAGGAGUCCCACAGGAUGAUUACGCAGCAGGGCCAAGUUGAUGGGUUAUUCUUAUUGAGAGACAGCCAGAGCAACCCAAAAGCAUUUGUUCUCACGCUGUGCCAUCAUCAGAAGAUUAAACACUUCCAGAUUUUACCUUUUGAGGAGGACGGCCAGGUCUUUUUUAGCCUUGAUGACGGCUCUACCAAGUUCACAGACCUGAUCCAUCUGGUAGAGUUCUACCAGCUCAACAGGGGCAUCCUGCCCUGCAAACUCAAACACCCCUGCACCAUGGUGGCCUUAUGACCCCCUCCUGAUCCUUACAAACAACACACACACACACACACACACACACACACACAGAUACAAGUAACUGAGAACCUGGAUGCUUUUUUAAAUAAUAAUUUCCAGUAAUUUUCACAAUAAGCUGACGCAACCCACGGGCAUGAAAAAGAUCUCUGUUUUUCUCACUGCUCUGGGAUUAGCAUGGAAACAUUUGGGAAUAGUUAUGGGACAAGAUCAACUUCCCGAACAACCUGUCCUUUGGUUUUGACAAGGAUGUGUUUUUUUUUUUUUUUUUUUUUUUUUUUUUUUUUUUUUUUUUUUUUAUAAACAGUGUCUGUGGUGAUCUUCAUGAACUUUCACUGAAAUCAAGACUUUUUCAUCAUUCAGGACAUGACACUAGACACACCCCCCAUAAACUGAUUGGAUCGGGACGGUCAUUUUGUGUGGUGUGUCUGUGGGGAAGUUACUUGAUGACGAUUGAUAUGUAUUAUGUUAUUUCCUACCUGAACAUUUUGCACUCUCAAGCUGAAAACAGGUGAUCCGCUUCAUCCUGAGCUUAAUGCAACAAUUGUUACCCGUUUGCCUUCCUCCUACAGCUCACCCUUUCAUUUUUUGUUCUGUUCUAAACUCUUCCUGGGGAUCCCCUGUGUAAUGAUGGGAUUAGUGCAGCAGCGAUGACAGUAAUGACAAUUUGAGGUGACAAAUCCUCAGCCAAAUAAUGUAACCCGGUCUUUCAUACAUCGCUAUGUCUAUGUCAGCGAGGAGGGACUAGCCACAAGGGGUAGUAGACUUGCACUUCAAUAAAUUAUACUUGAUUACUUUGCUUUACCAGAAUAAGAAAUAGUUAAGUUUGGAGUUCUAAUCAAGCUUUGCCUUAAAGGAAUGUUCUGAGUUAAAUAUAACUUAAGCUCCAUCAACAUUCUCCAUCGCAUGCUGUUGAUUACAACAGGAAAUGUACUUUAAAAAAAAAAAAAAGCAUGUCGACAGUCACCUGCUUAUAAUGCAGCUCCAUUUUUCUCAAUGAACUUGCUUUGUAAGUGGAUUUCAAUCAACAUAUUUGGUCUUCAAAUUUGUUUCCAAGCUGUCAGACAAGUAUUUCUGUUAUAAACUAAAUUAUGCCACAGAGUUGCACCAUAGUUUAAAGGGACAGUUCACCCAAAAAUGAAAAUUGUCAUCAUUUGUCAAAAUGGUCAUCCUGAUGUUGUUCCAAACAUGUAUGACUUCCGUUUUUCAGUGAGACACAAAAUAAAAUAAUUUGAUGAAUGUUUUUGUUCUUACAGUGAAUGUCAGUGGGGUCCAAAACAGCAUUUGGACUCUACUGAUUACAAAGAGACAUUUUUCGAAAUAGUCCAAAUUCAUAAUAAUAUUUUAUGUUCAGUUUAGGUAUUAUAAAUAUUCUAAUAUUUUUUUUUUGUGUUCCACAGGGAAAAAAAAAUUGAGUAAAUUGUCCCUUUAAAUCUGAUUUAACUCAGAAUGUAGUAGUUUAGGGUGCAAAGGUUUUGAGAAUUAUCCAUCUCAUUUUAAUCCAGAUCACUUGUUCUGUUUAAGAAGACAAUGGCAUGAUUUAGCCCACUGAAUUUGCAAUGUUUCCUGUCAAAAUGCACGUAUUUCGCUCCUGGCAUUGAAAUGCCAUAUUGAUUGUGCGUAGUUUAUAUUUGGAGCCAUCAAAAACUUGACUCGGGCCUUAGAGCGCCACUGAAACUUGACCCAGGCCUCUUCGGUGUGGUGUAUAUCCCACCCAGAGCACAAUUCAAGAGGGUUGUUAUUCGUUUCCUAUGCGGACUCCAGGUCGUGUUACUUAGCUAUUAGUAUAGCCCGAAGUUUAACAACUGCCUUUCCAAAUCACUGUGCUGUUCUUGAGCCAUGUUAAACCCCUAAAGUGACAGGCCAGGCCCGGAAUGAGCGCCUGUGGGGAUGCUCGAGGAUUUUGCGAAGUCCCGUCUCACAGGCGUGUCCGUAAUCCUCCGGGGCUGUGUGACAUAAUGCGGUGAGGAGAUUAUCUCCCGUGCCAGUUUUGCAAAAGGAGGUUAGCAGAAAAAAAGCCGGUGUACAGUUACCUGCGGCGCUACUUAAGCAGUCUCCUGUCUGUCCCAAACGCCCGCCUUGUUACCCUUACAACACUGGCCCAGCAAGACUAAGCUAUGGUUUUAUAUGCUAACUCUGACAGCUGACUGUUAUACUGCUGAGCUAGAACCACAUGCGCCUAGGACGAGAGUGUGUACGACGCACACUGCGAUUGUCAAACACUUUAUACCACACAAGCACCUUUUGAUUUUCACAUUCGAUUCACGCUGCUUAACUUAUGUGAAACGCUUUAAGAACUUCAUCUCAGAUGUUAGCUACGACUGAUCUGCCUUAUCUUACGUUAAUGCUUCUUUGCCGCUUCAUACGUAAAUCGACUUUGUAAAUUGUUACAAAAAGUACAAGCUUGAUGCAUUCAUUGUCAGGGAUUGCGGUUGGGUUUUCAUCACAUGUUAGACUUAGUAAUUAAGUCACAGUUCCAGCCUGCAUGAGUUAGACAAGGACACCAAAACAAAGUAUGUUCUAAUUGGAAUAAAUAAAUGUGAACACUGAUUA